CUAGCGUUACGUGGCCACGCAGCCCUGACUUAAGUCAUCUCAGUUCAGUGAGACUCUCCAAACAGUCCAAGCAGUAAAAUAUGGAUUUUCCUUCUGCUUCCAGACUGUUAAUGUGGCGGUUUUAAGCAUUUUUGUUCAGUGCACCGGGUGGACGAAACUGAGCCAUCAUGUGUGCGACUAUUUUCCACACGCAAGAUCCUAAGCCAAAGUUGGACAUGAUGUCUUUCCAGGAUUGUGUUGCAGACGAACAUUGGGACUAUCUGUUUGCCAACAGCAAGGCAAAUCCGCAGGAAAACACCCCGAAGAUUCACUGCAAACUCGAGCAGACUGAUUCAGACGAAGGUUACCGAUCGGCGAUUUCCCCCAAAGCGACGGAAACGAAGAAAAACCCCAAACGCCCCACUGCAUUCGCACUGCAAGAGUCCAAAUUCAACGUGAACCGAUUUCAUUGCGAAUACGACGGCUGUAGUCGCACCUACAGCACUGUAGGGAACCUCCGAACGCACAUGAAGACUCACAAAGGUGACUACCGGUUCAAAUGCACAGUCUCCGACUGCAACAAGGCCUUCCUGACGUCCUACAGCCUUAAGAUCCACGUGCGGGUGCAUACGAAGGUGAAGCCGUUCGGCUGUAUGCAGGAUGACUGUCAUAAGGCCUUUAACACCUUGUACAGAUUGAGGGCCCAUGAGCGCAUCCAUAACGGGCAAACGUUCAACUGCGAAGCGGCCGGCUGCAAGAAGUUCUUCACCACUUUGAGCGACUUGAAGAAGCAUCGGCGGACGCAUACGCGCGAAAAGCCUUAUAGGUGCGAAGAAAACGGCUGCGGAAAGUCAUUUUCCGCCUCCCAUCACCUGAAGAUGCAUCAUCGCAUCCACAGCGGCGAAAAGCCGUACGCGUGCAAAGAAACGCCGCAAUGCAGCCGCGCCUUUGCCACGUCGCACAGCUUAAAGUCCCAUAUUAAGACGCACCAAAAAGGCACCGUUCAGAACAGUGGCGGAUCCGCUCCUGAGCCGCAAGUCGCUCAGAUUGUGAAAGCCGAAAACUGCAACUUUGAGUUUGAAAAGAAUUUUUACUUCGAAAACUUCGAGGGCGACGUGGACUGGGGGCAGCAGGCGGCCGCCGAUCCUCUGGAUGUUAGUGGUCAAACAGCCAACAACCCCGCCUUCCAGGCGCCAGCGCUAGACGCCAGCCAGUACUUCGACAGCCUCUACAGCCCAUACACGUUCCCGGCCACUAUAGACGGCAGUUACAGCCUGCCAGUGCAGCCAAUCACCGAGCAGGUGAGCCACAUGCAGCUGGACAGCAAACCGAAAUUCGCCGCUGUGAUCGAAAACGAUCUCAGCUCCCAGUUCGAGAUGGCCAAUGGGCUGAAGAACUACGCCACUGUUAACACUGCUGAGCCUGUAGACGUGCAGCUGCCGUUCAACAUCGGCACGGAGAACGUGGACAAACAGGACACGCUGAUUAAUGAACCGUCCGCUGGUUUGGAGGAGAAUUCGCUGAUUACCGAGUUUGAGAAUGCCGGCAUUAAUUUGUACGAUUUUGGGGAGUCGUUCGGCCAGGGGCCGUUUCCCUUGGGGAACGAGAGUCCCAAUGUGAAGAUCCUCAGCGUGAAGGCGAUCGUGCCGAACCAUCCCCAGCUGGUCAACAAGGAGAAGGCCUUGUCCAGUGAGGGCCUCCAAGUGAACCUGGCCACUCAGGAGGAGAUUUCCAGUGCUUGGGGCGUGAGCAACUUCAGCAACGUGGGGCAGUUCGAUGUUUUCCAAGAGCGGCUGAACGAAAACCCGCUCACAGCCAUCUCGACGGCGGUUCAGUCCUACCUGAACCUGCCGCCCGUGCAGCCCAGCGCCGCCCCCAUCGCUCCAGACCCGCGCGUGGCUGUAGUGGAGGACAUCGAAAACGUCGACCGAUAUCUGGCCUCCCUCAACAGCCGCCCCAAAUCGGACGCCCUGAAGACGCUCACUUCGGAGGCGGAAAUCUGCACGUGCGACAACUGUAAGUGCAAAGAUAACGCUAACUGCCAAAGCUGCAACCCUGCUCCUCCCGAGGAAAGCGCUUCCUCCAUCGCCACUACUAACUGCUCCAAUGCUGCUUCUAACGGCUGCAAGUGUGACGCCCAGUGCCCGGACGCAUCGGGAUGCGGCGAGAACAUGUUCAAACAGGCCCUGCUGGGCGUGGUCCAGCAGAAUGAGGGCUGUAAGGAGAAGGGCGAGCAGUGUUGCGUGGUGCUGUGCCUCAAAACUCUGGAACAGUUGAGGCAGAUGAUGAAGUUUGCCACCAAUUGCAGCGGCUUCCAGAACUUCAGUUUGGGCUGUUUGAAGAACCCGCCGUCUGAUCUGUGCAAAUAGCGAGGUUCCUCUUGGGGGUUUUCCCUAAGACUUCGACCGCUUGCCUCUGUAGCCCUCAAGACUACAUUUACUGGACAAAUGAUGUGGAGUGUUAACGGACGGAUGAAUGCGGUCGAUUGCCUACAUAUCUACAGGGUGAUUGACUAAAC